AUCACAUGUACACGUUAUAUAAAUAUAUAUACACACAUAUAAGUUCCAUUCAAAACUCUCUUAUUAUUAGGCUCUAAGCUUAAUUGGCUUUAUAUUCUUUCCUGUAAUUACAAGUAUAACAAAUUAAAUUCUCUCUCUCUCUCUCUCUCUCUCUCUCUCUCUCUCUCUCUCUCUCUCUCUCUCUCUCUCUCUCUCUCUCUCUCUCUCUCUCUCCAUAUUAUAUAAAUAUAUAUAAUCCAUAGCGAUGGGUGGUUAUUGUAAUAAUAAGAUGAUUAUAAUUAUGGUCGGUUUGUUUAGUUUACUAAUUAGUGUGAUCAAUGGUGGUGAACUUCAACGUGUACACCACGUGGCAAAGCCUGAUAGGUCGCUCAAUUUUUUGGUGGUCGGAGACUGGGGAAGACGAGGCUUCUACAACCAGUCUCAACUCGCUCAUCAGAUGGGCAUAAUUGGAGAGAAACUGGAAAUUGAGUUUGUGAUAUCCACGGGUGACAAUUUUUAUGAGGAUGGUCUGACUGGUGUCAAUGACACUGCAUUUUAUGAAUCUUUUUCCAAUAUCUACACAGCUCCAACUUUGCAAAAGCAAUGGUACAUUGUUUUGGGGAACCAUGACUAUCGUGGGAAUGCAUUAGCACAAUUAAGCCCUGUUCUCAAGAAAAAAGAUAGAAGGUGGCUUUGCUUAAGGUCUUUCAUUGUACAAGCAGAAAUUGUGGAUAUUUUCUUUGUGGACACCACUCCAUUUGUAGACAAGUAUUUCACUAACCCAGGAGACCAAACAUAUGACUGGAGAGGAGUCUUACCAAGGACCUCUUAUAUCUCAAAGCAAUUAAAGGAAUUGGAUUCAGCCUUAAAGCAUUCUACUGCAAAGUGGAAAAUUGUGGUUGGCCACCACACAAUCAAAAGCGCCGGACACCAUGGAAAUACCGAAGAGCUCGAAUCACAACUUCUCCCAAUACUUGAGGCAAACAAUGUUGAUUUCUAUAUCAAUGGCCAUGACCAUUGCUUGGAACACAUAGUUGACACUAAAAGUCAAAUCCAGUUCUUGACAAGUGGAGGUGGCUCCAAGGCAUGGAGAGGUGACAUUAAAGAGUGGAACCAGGAAGAACUAAAGCUGUACUAUGAUGGGCAAGGUUUCAUGUCAAUGGAAAUAACCGAGACGGUAGCCAACUUAUCAUUCUACGAUAUCUUCGGUAAUGUUUUACACAAAGACAGCCUAUACAAAAAUUUGCACUCAUCUAUGUAGAGAAAAUCAGUCUCUGAUUACUAAAUGUGGUUUAUAUAGUUGUCCUAAUAGAGGAAGAAUAAUGCAAUUAUAUUACAAAUGAAGGUAGAAGGUAAUUAGUUACUAUUAGAUUAGUAGGGAUGUUGAUAUAAUCUGUAAUCUGUGAUUCCAAACCUCAAUUAAUCUGGACCGAACUAUUAAUCUGUGAUUUCUGUGUCAAUAGUUUGGUUAUCCAGACCAUUUGUAAUGCUCUAGUUCAGUCACAGAAUUAGAAUUUCAGCUUUUAAAACCAAACCAAACAACUGAAUACUUUUAUAUGUACUUCAUAUGCUUUUUUUCAUGAUAUAUUGAUAUUUGAGAAGAAUCUUUCCUAAGUAGAAUAAA